UUAACUCAUUGAUGGUUUGUGGUGCCCGUUUAAAAAACGGCAGUUUUAGCCAUGACUUAAAUGUAUGCGUCUGGGCAUGAUAGGAGAAGUCAGUAAAUCGUGAAAUUAAUUUGUUUGGAAAAUGUCCCUAAAGAAAUUGACGAACUGCGGCAGCAGUAUGGCAAGUUGCCCCAACCUGCUGAAAAAAUUGGUCUCGAAAUGCCAAAUUACGUGCACGACAAAAUUGACGUAGAUCA